ACAGGAAAUGUAAAUUAUCGAGUAAGAGGAAGUGGUUAUGUAUUUAGAAGAACGCUGCUGCUACGCGUUGCGGUGUUGGGUUUUUAUCACAUUGGAAUUUGGCUAAGAUCAAGUGAACUUUUCUUGAGGAGUGGGUCGUGCCUGGCUUUUGUGUAUAUUUUUUUUGGAGUUUUUCCUGCGAUGGUUCUGACAUAUUCGCAGCAGUUGACGGUCGCCUUCGCCGCCGUGAUGUGUGGCUGCCUGGUUUUCCCCAGAAUGUUCGGGGGCGGAACCGGGUCGAAAGAUCCAAGAGCGUUCGAGCCGCAUUUCAGUAGGAAAGUCGGCCCUGGUCCAUUAAGAGGACAUCAGGUCAAUAUGGAUACAGGAAGUGGGAAGGGCCAGUCAUUUGAGAACAUACAACAGAUGAGAAAAAUGAUGGAGCAAGAGAUAAAGAGCGAACGGCUUAAAGCAAAUAAUAAAGGCUAUGUCUUUACCCUGAUGCCAUUGUAUGCCAUUGGCGUGGGCGUCUUUGCUGUCUACAAGUUUCUAAAGAUUAAAUCCAGUGAAUCUCAGACUGGCAAGGAAAAGACUUCUAAGGGAGCUAAAAAGUCAGAGGAGACAGAAAAUCAACUGAACGAACUUGAGCAACGUCUAGCUCAAACAGAGAAGAUGCUUAAUUCAAUACUGACCCAGCUAGACCCAUUGACUACCUGUGUGGAAUCUGUGGCCUUUGAACAGAAGAAUGAGAUCAUGGCCCAGCUACACUCCAUUAGACAGCUGAUGAAAAAGAGAGGCAUGGACUUCCCUCCUCUAAAUCCUGAAGAACCACCUUGUGGUAAGAACCUUGAAGACAUUCUUCAGUCAAUGACAGCCCAGGAGGAAGAGACAGAAGGCCGCACUGUGGACAAACAGGAUGUGUUAGAGCACCAGGACCCAGACACAAGCUUAGGAGCAGCUUUGGAAAGUGAAGAGGAUAAAAACAGUGGCAGUGACCAUCAUAUGGCCUCCUUGGAGAGUUCAUUUGAAACAAACAUUGAAAAUGUGGGUGCUAUUAAUAUUAACUCCGAAGAGGUAGAAGAAACGGGAUUAAGGAGACGUAACAGACACGAGUGAACACUAACUUUCUGAGUUUUUUAAAAUACUGAAGAUUUCCCAGUGCAUUAUUCUUUAAAUUGCAGAUUUAGUAGAAAUGAAGUCUGGUGUCUAUUGUUUCUACAUCUGUGAUCUUUAAAACCAUAUGUUAAACACUUCCAGAGCUUCCUUAUGCUUUUACAUUGCACCCCUUUAAGGAUUGUGCACCUGGGUUGCACCAGUGUGAAACCUGAACCUAGCUGAGGCUGCCCAGUGUGCCUUAGGUGUUUACCCACUGCACUGUGUGAGCUGUGCUACACUACUUGAUGUUGCACUCCAGGGUUGCAGGAGAGAAUAUCUCUGACAGAGUAAAAGUUAGGUCUUUUGAGAAAUAUACUUGGUUGUAAAAAUUAAAGUCUUGUUAAGUACUCUACAGCAUUUUCAGGAUAGGCAUUAUUCUAAUUUAUUAUAAAGUUAUAUAGAUUUUUAAAUUUACCACGGAUGAGGUAUUUGAGGAUCUGUUCCUGUAUAACUGUGUGAGGUUUCUAGUUUUUAGUGAGGCAUGUUUGGUCGUAAUCUAUGCAUUGCAUGUUCUGUGUUUUUGUUGAAACUCCUGCUGGUAUGUCUCAAUUCAGAUAUGUGUUGACUUUGGGGAAAAAAAAUUGAUUUUUGUGAGUAAAGGCAAAUUAUAUCAUACUAGUCUUCAUAUAUACAAGGGAAUUCAUUCUUCAUGUAAUGGUGUGAAUUUUGUUUAGGAGGACUUUGCUCGUAUUUGUAAGCCCAUACAGUUUGUGUUUACUGAACCUAUAGAAUGAUUGAUAUAAUCUUUAGUAGGCUAAAUGAAUCUAAUAUCCCAAGAAAUUAAUACUGGUGCUUUAAACAAGAAACAAACAAUACUAUUUGGUAAAAAAUUGGCUUUACCUUUUAGGAUAAAAAGGAAACACAAAUCUUCUAACUUGAGAUUACUAGUUGUAGUUGAGGACCAAAGAUUUGUAACUCUUUGCAAAUGUACAGAGGAAAAAAGUGGAACUGUUGAUUUGUGACUUUGAACCCGGUUAUAUUUUUCUAGGGGGGGAAAGAUCUGAGUGAAUUGUUUUCAUUGAUAUUGUUUACAAAAGGUGUAUGAAAGUUUGAUGAAUGCCUCUAAACUGCUUAAACUGGGUAUACUAAAAGCAGGAAAAUAUUGGAUUUUAAAAUAAAACAUAUAGCUUUCACCUUUUACCAUUUUACCUUAAAUGUUCAUAGACCAGAAAUGUGAAAAGCAAUCUAAUUUCUCUUAACUGGGCAACUCAUUGAUCCAAUUAAGUGAUUCUGAGCACCGCUAGGAAAAAACCAAAAGACACUCUUAACUCAUGUUUUAGAAAUAAAACAACUUGAAAAGUAAUAUAUGGUUGUGAAUUGAGUAAGAAUCAAUUGCAUGUAUAAUAACACUCUAACAGCCUUGUAGCAUGAUUGUUUCUUAAACACUAUGCAUGAUUCGCUCUUGUCAGUACUGGAAAAACCAGGUCACUGCUGUUAAAGGUGCUGGACUGGUAGGUGCCACUCCUCCCUCUAGGCCAGAAUGUCCAACCCAAUGCCCCAGUAUGAUGACAAAGCACACUGUGAUGUAGGAGGUGCCAUCCUUUAGAUAUAAAGUUAAACCAAGGUGCUGACAUCUUGGAUAGUACAGAAUCCCAGGGCUGAGUUUGAAAGAGCAGACGUGUGAAUAUAGGUAUUGUGGCUAAGUUUAAUUCUGGCUUAAACAAUGUAGACUGCAUAAAACAUUUCUCCUUUAGAAAUGUAUCUUAUUCCAUCUGAUGUGCUGAUUAGUGUGUUGGCUGUGCAUUACGCAGGUGGGUACUGUACUUCAGUGGUGGCUGAAGUGGUUUCCCUCUUGUAUGAAAAUAAAAACAGGUGGAUACGUGACCUUAUCUACAACUGCAUAUCACAAUGAUAAGAUAGAGAUAACGAUUCAUUUGUGAUUCAAUGAUUCAUACCCGAAGAAGGCUCCACAGCCGAAAUGUGUUUCCUUCCUUCUCUUUUCAGCAUGGAAUAAACCUAUUACUUGUUCCUUUGCAGACUACGCAUGCUGAUGCAGCUCCCUACUUGAACUACAUGAGUCAUUUGUAUUUGCGUCUCUUAAAACAGUGUUGUGUUUUCUGAGAGAUUUAAUCUUACAAUCUAUAUAUACUAUAUACUUUGUCACACAGGGGAAGCAAGAAGAGUUUCAACAACAAAGCAUUUCAACAAUAAAGAGUACAAUACAGACUUCAUCAGUAAAAAGGAAUGUCUGGUUUGUAACCUUCAUUGCCAUUUGAGAUACCUGUCUAUAUUAUCUGUUAAACAUGUCUACUGAAGGUGGAGUGCCUUGCGAGCAAGGUGAAAGUACUGUAUGGUUUGUGUGCAGACUUGGUUAUGAUCUGUUUGGUUGCCUUACUUUAAAUAAAUUAGUCAAUUUUG